AUGAAACUUGUUUGGUACGAUUUCAUAACUUCCGCAGAUACCCGAAGUUUCUUCCAUUUUUCUUCAAAUAAAGAUGUAUUGCAACAAUUUCGUAAUUUAAAGUAUAUUUUCAGUAAAAAUACAACAAACCACGUUUUUAUGCCAGUAACACGACAACCACGUUUUAUAGAAGUUCGUAAUAAUCAAGUUUACGAACAAAUGGUUCUCCUCUGGAUUAUCAACAAAAGGUUUAGCAUCUCUUUAAAGUGUCCCAACAAGAAGGCAACUGUCUUUGAACAAUUUUUGACUGUCGAGUACAUUUGGGAUACAUUUGAUGAAAUAGAAGUCAAAAAAGUGGUUUAUGAGAGAUGUUCACUCCGAUAUCAACAAGAUCUCAACUGUGGUAUAUCACAAAAGACAGCAAAAAGAAGGAAAAAUAAUAAUUAUACCAUUGAGUGUUUACAACUGUUAGUUGACAUAGUCAGAGAACUUGGAUUUUUUGUUGAGACUGAGCAGUGUGGAGGUAAAAAAGUAAAUUUUAAAGAAGAGUAUAUCAAAUAUAUAUAUUAUGAUGGUGUGCUGUUGUUUAAUUCUAAUAGUAUUCAAAUAUUCGGAAAAACUAUUAUAGACACUUUAAAUUGUAAAUACACUAAUUUGAGGUCAAUUGUUCUUGAAAAAGAUGUUUUUUCUAAUAUCUAA